UCAUCACCCACCCACGAUCUCCUCACAACAUUUUCAAACAACCGUUUUUUAUUUCAUUUCAUUUCAUUUUAUUUUAUAGCUUCCCCCUUUCCCCUGUCUCUUCCCAGAUCUCCCUCGUCCCGUUUUCCUUCGGUUAUCUCGAUUGAGAUCCAUUAAUGGCGACGAUGGAGAGCUUGAUCGGGCUCGUCAACAACAUCCAGAGGGCCUGCACCGUCCUCGGAGAUCACGGCGGCGAGGGCGGUUCCCUCUGGGAAGCGCUUCCGUCCGUCGCCGUCGUCGGCGGCCAGAGCUCAGGGAAGUCGUCGGUUCUUGAGAGCAUCGUUGGCAGGGAUUUCCUCCCUCGUGGAUCUGGCAUUGUAACGAGGAGGCCGUUGGUGUUGCAACUCCACAAGACGGAGGAGGGGAAAGCGGAGUAUGGAGAGUUCCUUCAUGCCCCGAGGAAGAAGUUCACUGAUUUUGCUGCAAUCAGGAAAGAGAUCCAGGAUGAAACUGAUCGUAUGACGGGAAAGUCCAAGGCCAUAUCCAACGUCCCUAUCCACCUGAGUGUAUACUCCCCAAAUGUCGUAAAUCUAACAUUGGUGGAUCUUCCUGGGCUCACAAAGGUUGCUGUAGAGGGCCAACCGGAGUCAAUUGUCGAGGACAUUGAGCAUAUGGUACGGUCAUAUGUUGCAAAGCCCAAUUCAAUUAUAUUGGCCAUUUCUCCUGCUAAUCAAGAUAUUGCUACUUCAGAUGCAAUAAAGCUUGCUAAAGAAGUUGAUCCCUCAGGUGAGAGAACAUUUGGAGUUUUAACAAAGCUUGAUCUAAUGGAUCAGGGUACCAAUGCUCUGGAUGUACUCGAAGGCAGAUCAUAUCGACUUCAACACCCAUGGGUGGGAAUUGUCAAUCGCUCACAAGCAGAUAUCAAUAAGAACAUUGACAUGAUUGUUGCACGACGUAAAGAACAAGAGUAUUUUGAAAGUAGCCCUGAUUAUGGACAUUUGGCAAGUAAGAUGGGGUCUGAAUAUCUUGCAAAGCUUCUGUCAAAGCACUUGGAGUCUGUAAUACGAGCACGCAUACCAAGUAUUAUAGCUUUAAUAAACAAAACAAUUGAUGAAUGUGAGGCAGAAUUGGAUCGCCUUGGAAGACCCAUUGGUGGUGACUCGGGGGCACAACUAUACACAAUACUUGAUAUGUGUCGUGCAUUUGAUCGUGUCUUUAGAGAGCAUUUGGAUGGAGGGCGACCUGGUGGAGACCGCAUUUAUGGGGUGUUUGACAAUCAACUUCCUGCAGCCUUGAAAAAGCUGCCAUUUGAUAGGCAUCUCUCAUUACAGAAUGUUCGAAAAGUUAUUUCAGAGGCUGAUGGUUACCAGCCCCAUCUAAUUGCCCCUGAACAAGGAUAUAGGAGACUUAUAGAUAGCUCUCUGGGCUAUUUCAAGGGUCCAGCUGAAGCCUCAGUAGAUGCUGUUCACUUCGUGUUGAAGGAACUUGUCAGAAAAUCUAUUGGUGAAACUGAGGAGUUGAGGCGUUUCCCGAGUCUACAAGCUGACAUAGCUGCUGCAGCAAAUGAAGCGCUGGAAAGAUUCCGUGAUGAAAGCAAGAAAACAGUUUUGCGGUUGGUGGAAAUGGAAUCCACUUAUCUUACCGUGGAGUUCUUCAGGAAGCUUCCUACUGAACCUGAUAAAGGUUCGGAUAAAAAUGCCCCAGCUGCAGACAGAUAUGGUGAUAACCACCUCAGGAGAAUUGGAUCAAAUGUGACGGCUUAUGUGGGUAUGGUAUGUGAUACAUUGAGGAAUUCUAUCCCCAAGGCUGUUGCCCAUUGUCAAGUUCGAGAGGCUAAGAGGUCACUGCUUAAUCUUUUCUAUGCCCAAGUAGGAUCCAGAGAGAAGAAGCAGCUAUCAGCAAUGUUGGAUGAGGACCCAGCUCUUAUGGAGAAGAGGGAGGCCAUCGCUCAGAGACUCAAGUUAUACAAAUCAGCCAGAGAUGAGAUUGAUUCGGUCGCAUGGAAAUGAUAGGCAAAACAAAUGACAUAUUACCGAUGGGUUCUCCUUCAGGAGAUGGAACAUUUUUCCACAGAAGCAGUAAUUCAUUAUUGAUCUUUUCUACACCUGUUCUCUUAUGAAUACGUCAUUCUUUCAUAUAGUUUUCAAGAUUGAGCUUUUUUUUUUUUUUCCUUUUUUUUGGUAUCCAUUAGUUGUUAAAUAACUGAGAUGUUUUUCCCCUACAAUAUUUUGUUAACACGCAGAAGGAAGUUCCACUUUGUAAGCUUGACAUUAGCCGGCAGUUUUGGCUUCUCACUUUUGAUGAAUUACAUGGGAGUUGUAAAGUUAAUAUAGAAAUUAUAUACGAUUUUCUU